AUGGUAUCAAUGCCAUCUUCUGAAGAAGAAGGACUUGAAUUAGAUAAACGUCGUUAUGAUGGCCAUGUACGCAGUUCUAUUCCACUUUUUCGUGGAUCUAAUUUAGGUAUUUUUGUCCGCAAACGUCCAUUUGCUGCUAGUCCUGAUCAUUCAAUAAGCCGACGAAAAGAUUCUCAUUUAUCAUCAGUUAACAAUGACAAUGUUUUAGCACAAGCAUUAAACAGCAACGAUCAACGUCGACGUUUUGAUGAUUAUUCAGAAAAUCCAGGACCAAUGUUUGGCCGAUAA